AUGGGAGUUCAGAAAGAUUUGACUUUGCCGGAUUUGAUCCGGGCUCGAAUGGACCGUCAAGUAGAGUUGGACAUGAACAUGAUGAAACGCUCCUCAAACGUCUGCCGAAUCGCUAACAUGUCCUACAGAUCUGCCGAACUUGUUUCUAAGAAUAUUCUGCGCGAUGAUCUUGCAAUUGAUGAUUUGAAAACUGGCUUGCGAAAGGUGGACGAUAGAUUGUAUGAUUUAUUGCACAGCGACACCCUUAAAGCAGCUGAAGCUUAUGCGAAGGAAAACCUUCAAGAAUCAAAGUGGACGAGCAAAUUGAGCGCUAUGGAAGGAGAAAUCGAAGCAAAGACAGGAAAAUCUGUUGGAAAUCUCAAGAAACAAUAUGGAUAUGUCUAA